AUGAAGUAUUGCUCUUAAAUUAUAUUACAAGUGAUCCUUCAUUUACAUUAUACUAAAAUUCUUCGCCUUGAUUUAGAUUUUGUAAUAUAAAUAUUUUAAUCGCUCCUUUUCUUUAUCAACUCCAAUCAACAUCAACGGCAUUAUUGCAAAAGCGAAAUCACUCAAAAUAGAACAAUAUUCUAAAAAGGAGUUGAAAUAAAAACAUAUUAUGAUAUUCCCUCUUAUCAAAUUCAUUCAGAUCCAAAUAGAAUUAAACAAAUUAUAAUGACCUUUCUGUCCAAUUCAUUUAAAUUUACAGAGCAAGGAAAUUUCAUAAUUUCAGUUCAAACACUCAAUGCUGAUAAGUCUUAACAUAUUAAAAGAAGCAAUACUCCCUAAAUUAUACAAUAUUAAAAAAACAUUACAAGGAAAAUAUUACAAGGAAAAUAUUACGAAAACUUCAUCAAUAAACUAGUUUACACAAUAUCUGUUGAAGAUACUGGCUGUGGCAUACCAGAUAAUAUCAAACCAUAACUAUUCAACUUGUUUGCAACUUUUUCAAAUUAAAAGAUUGAAAAUAAAAGUGGAAUAGGGAUUGGAUUGAUGGUUUGUAAGAAUCUUGUAGGUCUACUUGUUCCAUCAGAAAACAUAGAUCUUUGGAGUGAAUAGAAUGUGGGAACGAUGAUGACAUGUUAAAUCUAUGCAAAAUUACAAGACAAUUGA